AAAUGAUGUCAUCUUGGAGUGGAGCGGAAGUUUUUGAAAGGAACGAAAAUAAAGUGGAAACUGGAGCCUCCGUGUUUUUUAUUUUGUUGUGUGAUACAGUUUAGGCGACUUAUAUAAACUCUCGGUUACAUUGGUGGCAGCAGUGGGAUGUAAGUCCCGCGAAAGAAAGACAUCUAAUUACUGUAAAAGUCCGGAGAGUCAGCUAGCUUCAGCUCAGUUAGCCGCAGCUAGCAACAGUGAAGCUUCGUCUGGUCAGAAAAUACACAAACUUCUUUCAUCUGGCUGCAAUCUUCUGAUAUAUGUGGAAUAUGUGGAAUAAAAACGAGAGGACCACUUUAUUUUCGUUCCUUUCAAGAACUUCCGCUCCACUCCAAGAUGACAUCAUUUCCGUUCUAUCUCCCUUCAAAAUAAGAGCUCAAGGCAUAUACUGUAUAACAGGAACUAACCAUAACAAAGAGGCAAACCAUAAAAAUAGGCUACAAUAGUAACUAUAAGUCUAAACCACAGGGUGGCAGAUCUUUGUAACUUCUUUGUUAACAUUAGAAGUGAAAGCUGUGGGUAAUGUAGACAUUUCAAUCAAUCAAUCAAUGUUUACUUAUAUAGCCCUAAAUCACUAGUGUCUCAAAGGGCUGCACAAAUCACUACGACAUCCUCGGUAGGCCCACAUAAGGGCAAGGAAAACUCACACCCAGUGGGACAUCAGUGACAAUAAUGACCCAGUGGGACGUCGGUGACAAUGAUGACUAUGAGAACCUUGGAGAGGAGGAAAGCAAUGGAUGUCGAGCGGGUCUAACAUGAUACUGUGAAAGUUCAAUCCAUAAUGGAUCCAACACAGUCGCGAGAGUCCAGUCCAAAGCGGAUCCAACACAGCAGCGAGAGUCCCGUUCAUAGCGGAGCCAGCAGGAAACCAUCCCAAGCGGAGGCGGAUCAGCAGCGCAGAGAUGUCCCCAGCCGAUACACAGAGACCAAAAACCCCCUUGAAGUCCAAAACUCCGCAGCCGACGGGCAGCUCCGUGCCACGUCCUCGCAAGUCCAUCACAGCCACCCUUGAAGACUUGAAGCAGAAGAAUGAAGACAUUCUCACGCUCAUGUUUGCGCCCAGGAGAUGGAUGGAGGGAAACCAGGAGUGGUUUCAGAAAGUCUCCAGUGCACCGUCCACUCGUGUGGACGUGGUGAACCUGGAGGAGGAACUGGACAGGAAGCUGGUCCAGCUGCAUUCCAUGGAGACGGGCAUAUGCCCUGUGAGAAGGCGCUUGUACACCCAGUGCUUUGACGAGCUGAUCAGACAAGUGGUCCUCAUCGGCGCAGAGAGGGGUCUCUUGUUGCUGCGGGUCAGAGAUGAGAUCCAAAUGACCAUUGCUGCCUACCAGAAGUUCUACGAGAGCAGUAUGGUGUUUGGGAUGAGGAAAGCUCUACACAAUGAGCAGGACAAGGCGGCCUUGGAGGAGAAGAUUUGUGACUUGGAGAACUUAAAAGAGGAGCUGCUGGAGCAACUGAAGCAGCAAAAGAGUAAACGUGUGGAAGUGGCCAAGAUGGCGGUGGAAAAAAAGCAAGUGCAGGAAAGUGUGCACACGGAGCAGAUUCAGCUGCUGAGGAAAACCAACCAGCAGCUCAAGGUGCAGCUGGAAGUGGCCCUCACAGCCAAAAAGUAACCUAACUUCUUUCCAAGUCUGGGAUGGCAUCACCCUCACAUUCAACACAUGAAGUUAGAGAGAGGACAGUUAAUUAUUUGACACUGGAAAGCAACAUUUACCUCAUUUCUUCUUCUCAUUGGCUUUUAUCUUCUGUCAUGUGACCUGCACAAUGAUGUCAUGUGGCCUGCAUAAUGAUGUCAUGUGACCUGCACAAUGAUGUCAUGUGGCCUGCAUAAUGAUGUCACGUGACCUGCACAAUGAUGUCAUGUGGCCUGCACAAUGAUGUCAUGUGGCCUGCACAAUGAUGUAAUGUGACCUGCACAAUGAUGUCAUGUGGCCUGCACAAUGAUGUCAUGUGACCUGCACAAUGAUGUCAUGCGGCCUGCACAAUGAUGUCAUGUGACCUGCACAAUGAUGUCAUGUGGCCUGCACAAUGAUGUCAUGUGACCUGCACAAUGAUGUCAUGUGGCCUGCACAAUGAUGUCAUGUGGCCUGCACAAUGAUUUAUCUUGUUUAAAGUGACCUGCAGAAUGAUUUAAAGUGACCUGCAGAAUGAUUUAAAGUGACCUGCACAAUGAUUUAAAGUGACCUGCACAAUGAUUAAAAGUGGCCUGCACAAUGAUUUAAAGUGACCUGCACAAUGAUGUCAUGUGGCCUGCACAAUGAUGUCAUGUGAUCUGCACAAUGAUUUAUCUUGUUUAAAGUGACCUGCACAAUGAUUUAAAGUGACCUGCAGAAUGAUUUAAAGUGACCUGCACAAUGAUUUAAAGUGGCCUGCACAAUGAUUAAAAGUGGCCUGCACAAUGAUUUAAAGUCACCUGCACAAUGAUUUAAUGUGGCCUGCACAAUGAUUUAAAGUGACCUGCACAAUGAUUGAAAGUGACCUGCACAAUGAUUUAAAUUGGCCUGCACAAUGAUUAAAAAUGACCUGCACAAUGA